UCAAAUGUUAAAGAUAAUAUACCUUUUGGCCACCAUGUACCUUUCCAUGACGUCCCUCRUCACAUGCUCUCGCAACACUUGUCCAAUUAUGAGGUACACUGGCAGCUUUAACCUCAAUAACCACGUGAAAGAUCAUGCCUUAUUAGGAAGCUCCUACAAGAAUCUUACUACUGAUACAAUCCAGGAAUGCUUUGGUGCCUGUGUCCAAGAUUGUAGGUGUGUGUCCUAUCAACUGUAUGAUAAACGAUGUGAGCUUAUUGACGAGAACAGACACACAGCACCAUCUGACCUUUUUCAGCCAAUGGUUGGAUAUUUGUUCUCGGAACUCAAACAGGACUUCAGAAAUAAGGCAUYCGACUGUUCAGGGCAAUGCAGCAACGGAUGUUGUCGUUUCUCGCCUUGUCAAAAUGGAGGAACAUGCGUCGAAUUGUGUGACAACGUGACUCGUAAGUUUGAGUGCCAAUGUGCGACAGGAUACCGUGGUAGGGCGUGUGAAAUACCUGUAUCAUGCAAUGCAUAUAGCRCACGGUCUUCGGCGAGACUUUAUCCAAUAUAUASUUCAAAGARCACCUUUUAUAAUGCAUUCUGUGAYAUGACCUCUGAACCUGGAAUGGUUUGGACUCUCCUUGAAUCGUUUGCCCUCUCAAACAAUGCCAAAUACCAAUACAAACCUUUGAGUCAAGAUUUCUCUGUUAACGAGGGCAACUUUAACUGGAACGACUAUCGMCUAUCACUCUCAGUCAUGGAACACGUCAAAAGUCACACAACUCACUGGAGAGCAACCUGCAGGUUUGACAAGGAUGGUUUUAACAAAACUGAUUACGUUCGUGGUCUUCUGAGUGACAUGGAUAUUUUAAAGCCAAGGAACUAUAAAGCGACAGGCUGUUUUCGCGUUGAAUACAUUAAUAUAAGAGGGAAGGAAUACAAAAAUUGCACCACGCACAUGCGACAAGAUGACGUGCACAUUUUCAUGGAUAGCCUUGUUGGCAAGAGUUUUGGUUGCGAUGCAUACUUUUCAGAGAACGCUCACGACUUCAGUGAAAACUUUGGAGUUUAUUUCAACAUCAAUAAAAAACAUCGAUGCAGUUCCUCGCCAUCGUCUACAACACAGUGGUGGAUGGGAUCACUUGUUGGUGGACUCCGGGAUCCCUAAGGAGUGGAAAUA